AUGGCUACUCGUGGAGUGAUAGAGGAACAAUCCCAAUACACGGGGUGGCUGGAGCGAGGGUGGGCGAGGGCGAUGCGGACCAGCCGCGGAGAUAAAUCACGUACGGCCUGUGACGGACGUGAGAAUAUACUGGCUGGGGCGAUCGCACCCAAUAAUGCACGUGUGACGUGGACACUGAGACUUUUUGUUGCAUUGUGCAAUAUUCGCUAUUAG